AUCGAUUCUAGGAAACUGGUUCAAAUUUAAAUAUUAAGACAUAAAUCUUCUUUAUGGAAUAAAAGAUUUUAAAAAAGAUAGGAAAUAAAAAAUAAAAGAAAAUAAAUUCAUAUCUCAAAUCUAUCAGUAUAUAUGAAUACUUGCUAACUUCUACGAUGCUAAACCUAUACGCAAGGAAAUUUUGGAAAUAGUAUAAUUUUCUGGAGGAAUGAGGUUUAAGAAGUGUAUAGAACGGAGGUUUUAAUGUCUUUAUUACUUGAGUCUAAUUAUUUUGUGAAUAUUUGUUUGAGUAUCUGAAUUAUUGAGAGAUUAUUCAUUUGUCUGUCAUAUAAUGAGACACACGAUGAGUUCCGAAGAUGUUGAUAUAAAUUUGCAGAGUAUUUCAAAAGAAUUAUCACGGGAGAAGAGGUAUAAACGUAUUAAAAGACUUAUCUACGAUGAACAAUUUUGCAAGCACGUACCCAUCGAGAAAUUAGUCAAUUGUACCAGUGACACCCUGGAAUUAAAAGCCGGAGAUGAAUUGAAAAACUUAGCUAUUCAUAUUUGGAUCCGAGCGACGGAGUACCAGAGAGAUAUAAGUAAUCGAGAACGUGAACUAUUAUUCCAUAAAAUAUCCAAACUAUCAAAUGUGGAAGAUUAUCCUAAGGGAUUAGAAGCACUAAUCACGACUACUUCGCAAGGUGAAAAAAUUGAAAGUUACUCUAAUGAUAUAUUGAAACUCUUGUCAGAAUGGAUAACUACUAUAUUUGAAAGACUUGAUGCUUUGCGUUCCAACAAUCGAAACUCUUUCAGAACAAGCCAUCAACUGAAAAGUUUUACUCAUUGCUUUCAUCAGACGAUGAUACUUUUAACUAAUAUGAUUCGAGUGAAGUUUCACGUUUUUGAUGAAAUGGCUAUUUCCAGUAUGUUAGCUAAUUGCAUUUGGAUAUGUAAGAAUACAACUGAUGUACAAGAUAUAGAACUUGUUUUCUCACUAUUGAACUCUCUGAUUAGCCGUGGGUCAGUGUCCUCUUCUGUGUUAUUUUCCGUAAUUGAAAUGCUAUGUCGAGCGAAGUUUGGUUUAGCUGCCAGUUCAGAGUCUGCUCAGCAAAUCAUUGAUAAGCUUUUAAAAUCUACAAAGAAAUACGAGACUGUUUCUUCUCUGAGAAAAGUAUUAGAAAGUCCAAGCGAGACUUCGCUUAUUGCUCAAAUGGGGGCAGUUAGAGUUUUAUGCAAUAUUAUAAUUGAUCCUCCUAGAUUUGUUUACUGUACUCGGGGAAUGCUAUUGGAAUUUAUGCUUCAGGCGUUAAACCAAAGGUCCAGCAGAUUAGCUCUGGAGAUGUCUCGCUCCUUAUAUAAUGCUCUGGAACAUCGUUCAUUUGUUGAGCUACUUUAUAUUGAUGAAUGGAUAAGUUUACUUGAUAUUUUCAUUAAAAUAUCUUCGGCUUUACCGAAAUCAUCCAACUAUAAAAAAGAGACCUGGAAACACAGUGAACCAAAUAUCCUUGAAUCAGUUAAGACCUAUCAAAUCCGGAAUAUUUACCUGUUAGAAGAUUUCUUUCAGGAAUUUACAAGCAUUGUUUUAUUAGAUAAAUUUUUUGAUCUCUUGAAGGUGAAUUCUUUUUAUCUGUCGAAUGACCUUUGCAAAAAAAUGCUUUUAGUUCUCGAUGAAAGAGCUCAGAUGCCCCACUUAAGUAGUUGGUUUAGCGAUCAAAAACUACUUGUCGAUAUUUACAUGAAUUUUAACAUUUCCUUCGAAAUGCGUCUUUCGCUUAUGCCUUCUUUUCGUAAAUUCUUACGUUCGUCUCCUAGUCAGCACCGAUCUUCUGUUUUUAGAACAAUUCUUUUUCCAUUACUCUAUUCUUUGAAAAGUUAUAAUUCGAAGUUAUUAACUGAAAACGUGUUCAGGCUGGUAUGUGACUUAUCCGGUGUAUAUCCACCAGACGUAUUUUACGAAGUAAAUGCUAUAUUAAAAAAUUUUGCACAUAAUAAUGAAAUGGGUGAGGUUCAACUUGCUUCAAUCCAAGCUAUAUCAAGUAUGGCAUUCUAUUAUGUUAUGUUACCUGAAUUUAAAUCGAUUUUAUAUGAAGAAUUGGUUUUAAUUAUAAAGAACUUGAAAAUCCGACGUCCUUAUCGGGUUGCACCGUUAAAGAUGUUUUUACAAUUGCGGAUUAAUUCGAAUGGUUAUUGUUUUUUGAAUGUUUCACCGACUUCGCAGGUACUUUUAUCAAAAUACGAAAACCAAUGGUAUAAUCCUUUUAUAUCUGACGAGGCAUUAAAAUGCCGUGAUAAUAAAGUAAGAUUUAGGGACCUGUCAUUCGCUGCUGUAUUUCAACGGUUUCCGUUGAAAGCUAACAUGGAUUCAAAAUUGUCAAAAGGGCUAAUCAAUAUUCCAAUUGAAGAAUGGGUUUCAGCUAUAAUGCAUAUAAUUCUACAUGAAAACGAUACAGAUAUCGUGGAGUAUGUUUUAAUUAAUUUUACUAAUCAGCUGAGAAGUUCAUCAAUGUUUUUUACUUGUCCCAACGCGUUAAAAAAAAUUUUACAAUUCAUGUUAGACGUGACGACAGGUAAAUAUGCUUCAACCUUUAAUUCCCUUUCUGGAAGUAGAAAAGAAAGAUUUUUGGUUCUCUUUUCAAAGGUUCUAUCUGUUUUAAUGGUCUAUAAAGAUGCAUUUCCGCAAAAUUGUCAUGAACAAUUCUUUCGGUUACUAAACUAUUUCCUAGAGAAAGGUGAGAGUACCACGGAAUCCUGCAUUGACAUUUUAAUCAUUAAUUGCUAUGCGAUGCAUUCUUUUUCAGUUUCCUAUAUGCCCAAGUUUUUCUCUUUAAUUAUGUCGUCAAAUAUUAGUGAACGAAGCCUCGUAAACUUUUUGCGUCUACUUCACGUAGUGAGCAAUAACCCUGUACUCACUGAUGGAUUAGACGUCGAAACGAUUCAAAAGAUUUGUCUCUUUUGUUUAAGCAUUAUUCGUUCGCGAACUGACGAGCUGGAUAAAAAGAAAGGGUUGGUUAAUCCAAAUGCAAAAGUUUUUAGUCUCUACUUGAUUACUUUUUCUUAUUAUAUUAUCUCAAACAUAUUUUUGUCGUGCCCGUUAUCAGAGAGGCCACACUUGGUUUCAUUUUUGCUAGGUGAAUUUUUAAGUAGCAGAAAGCCUGUUCAAUUUGAAGGAUAUGAAAAGGUUUUCUAUGAACUAUUGCUUCGGUUCACUUAUUCUGAUGAAAGGUUGGAAAAUUAUAAUAAAGACAACAAGUUUUUAUUUGAUAAGUAUUCUAAAACGUGGAUUUACAGAGGUUGUGUGAUAACUAUAAAUGCUCAGUACGAAAUAGGAGAUUUUGAAAUGACAAUUCGAAGAAUGUCUGGUACGACAAUAUAUCGGUUACAUGCGAAUACAGCUGAUUAUGAUAUAAUGAAGCAUGGAAUCAAAGAGAAUGUUGUGAGCAGUGAAAUAAGACAAAUGCACCUUCUGGAGCAGUCUACAAGUCAUAUUUUUAUGGAAACAAUUUUAGCUCCAUUGGAUAACGAGGAGGAAGAACCCGUCCUGGUUCAACCGAGCGAAUAUGCAGCGGAUCUAAUACGAUGUCUCGAUGCUACUCAUAUACGACCUAUAAUUAAUAUAGCUGUUGUCCUUCAAACAGACGAGUAUAAUGGCGAUAUAAAUACAACCGUUGGAUGGCAAUUGUUUAACCGACUGCUGGAAAGCUUCGGAGUUGAAAAAAAAUUGAAGACUGGAGAGACUGUUUAUGUUUGGACGAGCAAGACAAUAGAAAUUGUCUUCCGGCAUAUAAAGGAUCCGGAAAGAGAUACAGAGAAAGUCCUUUUUAGUGGCAUGGUUUUGAUUGCUUCGGAUGAUUUAGUGGAAUCUUCAAUGACCGACUGGGAGUCUUUUAAUGUCCCUGUGAUAAUCAAGUUAUCACUUGAUUCACAUUUGGACGCUUUAAAAAUGUUUGACACGUUAUUUCACACACGAUUAGAGAUUAUCACUACAGACGUAGAUAUAUCUCAUCAGGGAUAUUGGAAAUUAGACCAAACUGUUGCUGUUUCAUCUGUACCACCUUUGCUUCAUUCCUUCCUAGCGGAUAUAGGAUUGUACCAGCAAUUGUUUGAAAACUUUGCUUAUAUACAUCCUUGGCUUUUGCGCCAACAGUUUGUUGAUGAGCUAAAUACUAUCAAUCAAAAGCAAGCUUUAUCGAAUCCUCCCCGAAGAGAUUUAAAAAACAAGACAUACGAUUUUACGAUUUCCCUUUGAUGUUUUCUUUUCGGUUUAGACGUCUUCUUUUUAAAAACAGAAAAAAAAAACUAAGUCCAUUCUGAUCUUUAUCGACCACAUAAUGACACAGAUACCUAAUGAAACGUGAGGUUUUUCUUGUAUAUAAAUCAAAACUUAUUAAAGCACUCAUGUUGCGUAUAGGCUCAUAUGCACUUUUUUUAAACUCUUUCAGAAAAAAUAUAAUACAACUUUCCUUAUAAAAGGUCCCUUUGAUUUCAUUUGAAUAAUGCA